CGGAACACAUUGCCGGUUCAGUUACAAGGGUGAGUUAAAAGUUUAUCGAUAGAAAGGUUUUUAAACUCUGUGAUGGAACAACAACGGACUUGAAGUUACAUGUUUAUGGAACAUGUUGUCUUGCUCUUAAGAGGAGACCGUUUGACAAAUAAUGCACAAAACUGUUCGGCUCGUACUCCUGUGUGGAAAGCUAGCUAGCUAGAUAACUAGAGCUAGCUUGGUGGGCGUAACAAGUGACAUUGCUUAUAAAAUAUGACAUUAAUGAAUAAGACACACAUUAGAAGGUAUUCGUGCUUUGAAGAACGUCCACACUUUAUCCCCUCUGCACUAACAUUAUACAGGUAUCAUAAGCUAGCUAGCUAGCUAGCUAGCGGUCUUACAGGUAAAACCACCUGCCAAUCAAUAAAGCUAUGAUCCAUAGCAUGAGAGAAGUACUCCGGCGGAUACACAACAUAUUCCUCAAAGUCGCUCUGUUUCCGAGCGCACUGCGGAGGCAAGGACGGCCGCGUCCCGCAGCUUCGGAGGUGCUGACCCGUCACCUGCUACAGCGGAACCUCCCUCCCUGGACCUCCUUCUGUGUCCACUACGGCGUCGUCACCAACGACCAGUUCGGGAGGUCCAACUUCAACUGGGCGGUAAAGGGAACCAACUACCAGAUACUGAGGACGGGGUGUUUCCCCUUUAUCAAGUACCACUGUUCCAAAGCACCAGCACAGAACUUAGACUAUGAAGACACGUUUUUCAGCAUGUUGAAAGUCAUCAAUCUAGGUAUCCCGUGUUUCGCAUAUGGCAUGGGCUGUCUGAUGGUAAUAACCGCUAAAGAGACCGUACAGACUAGUACUGGACCUGUCACUGUAUAUUUUGCCUUCAAAGAGAAAGACACACAGUAUUAAAACGAUAUAUUUAUGUACUUGGAAGCUAGUUUUAUUUUGAGUGUUAAUACCGUGCACUGGAUUGAGACAUCUGAACUGUGUCUGUUUGUGGUGACAACAAGCAAAUCCUAAUACGACCUGAUAUUUAAGCACCACAGGACAGCGGACAUCUGCAAGACCGUUCUGGCAUAUUGAUUUCAAUCCCUUAGAAUUGUAAAUAUUAGGGAAUAAAUCUACA